GCUUUUUACGCACACUGGAUAUUUGACUCCUCAGUGCUCGGCACGAUGUCAAACGUCAGAAAACCGCAUUAUUCUAUAGGAAGAGGCUGGGUGUCAUUCAUUUUGGGCUCUUGAGAGGGGCUAGUUUGUUUCUCAUGGGGAAGAAGAAAUGACCAACUCUUUAAGGAUUUCUUACUUUCGUUUAUCUUUCCACUUUCAGAAACUGUAGAUCUGUCUAAAAGGGAUUUAUAACUUCAGGAUUUACUUGAAAACCCGUCGGAUAUCUCUGUCAGGGAUAAAUCAAAAGGAGAUGAUGGCUUUAUCGUUCCUCUACGUGCUGUGCAUGUGGAUAACUUUUGUCUGUCCUUCGCUGGGAACUGGGUUUAUUUAUCACUUUCCAGGCAUCACUCUGCAGCGGCAGCAGCGCAUCAAAUCGGAGCAGAGCAGCAGCUCCGGACCUCCAGGUACCAGGUCCUCCAGGACCAGUACACAACUCAGGAACUGGUGUCAGUAUACUGUUUCCAGAACAGUGUCCUGUCAGGUGCACAAUGGGACAGAAACCAGCGUGCAGAGAGUGAUUCAGGGGUGCAGAUGGCCCGGACCCUGCUCCAAAGUCAUCAGCUACAGGACCCUGAUCAGGCCGUCCUUCAAGCUCACCUACAAGCAGGUGACGGCCCUGGAGUGGAGAUGCUGCCCGGGGUUUGUGGGAGAAGAGUGUCGUGAGGAGUGUUUGAACUGUACCAGUUUCACUGACAUGAACAGCAGAAUAAACGCCAUUGAAUCAAAGAUCCAGCUGUUAGAAGAGGGACGUUCAUCCCUGCCGACGGUCAGCAGUUUACCGGAGGGCUCAACAGACAACGAGGUGGACGCACCCCAACCCACUCCUAUUGGACCGCCAUCAUACCUGCCACCAGGAGGAAGAGGUCUUCCAGGACCCAUCGGACCACCGGGGCUUCCAGGUUCUGCUGGACCUCCGGGUCCGGCUGGAAGAUCAGGCCUCCCUGGACCCAUCGGACCAAAGGGGGACAGAGGUCUAGCAGGAGUAAUAGGUCUCCCCGGCCUUCGAGGUCCACCGGGUCCUCCGGGGCCGAGCUCCUCUUCUGCCCGAGAACGCGGUGACGUUUUUCACGUAGACAAUCAAGAGGAGACCUUCCCUGCUCCUCAGAUCGUGGUCGGGCCUCCUGGUCCAACUGGUCCAACUGGUCCUGUCGGCCCCUCAGGCCCUCCAGGACUGAGAGGACCUGCAGGGAUAGCAGGCCUACCGGGACGAGAUGGCGAUGACGGACUCCAAGGCAAUCCUGGCGAUCCUGGGCCUAAAGGAGAUCUGGGGGAAAGGGGGCCUUCAGGUGUAGCAGGCGAACUGGGCCUACCUGGAGCACCGGGGCCAAAAGGAGAGCCAGGAGAAGGCUUGAUUGAGGGCGAGGCCGUGCAGCAGCUCAGGGAGGCCCUGAAGAUCCUGGCUGAGAGGCUCCUGAUCCUGGAGCACAUGAUCGGCCUUCACGAGAACUCUGAAGGAUCUGGAUUUGGCAGCUUCUCGGAUCCCCUCUCUUUCUCUGCUAUAAAGACCAAGCGCCUUCAGCCUGCUCAAGCUCCAGUACAGAGGGAGCUACGAAGACGAGCUCCCCUUUAAGAGUCUCAUUUUGUAUGUAUGUGUAUAAUUGUGAUGGAUGUGGCAAACUUUGCUUGACUGGACGUACACUUUUUGUUUAUAUCAUAUUAUCACAAUUUAUUUGCCCAUUAUUGUCUUUAUACAGCUGUAAAAACGAAGAGAUGUUGAGCAUUUCAUCCACAUGAACGGCUUUAUUGAGUCUUUUUGACCCUGUUGCUGCAUGCUCGUAGUCUACAUAACCAUAGCAGCGGCCCUUGUACAAUGUUGUACAAUGAAAUAUAACCUCAUAAAGUGUUAUGAGGGUUUUGGCUUCUUUCUUUCCUCAGAUAACAGACUGCCUAGUAAACACAUCAGUUUCCUUGGCUGAUGCUGCAAAGCUCCUCAGGCUGUGAUGUGAGUUUCCCGAGAGCUGGACCCAAAAUAUACUAUUUAGUGUCGAACACAUUCUUGGAACGACCUCGGGGUUCAUCUUGUGUUAGCCUGUCAAACAUAUUUCUUCCUUUCUCUUCUUUCUGUCUCUCUCUGGUUGCUCUGCCUUGUUAAAACUGAGGUAAGACAUGACAGGCUGCCAAGAAUAUCUGCUUAAAAUAAAGUUAGGUGAAAUAGCAUCUGGAGAGCGCACAUCUGGAAAGCAAAAAGAGGGGAUGCUGAAAGAGUUGAGUUUUGGCCCGGAAACCGCAAACCGUGCUCGGCUCCAGCGCACCUUCGCGCGACUGGCUGAUGGAGCACUAAACGGGAUUACAUUGACUGAGAUUUGUUUCCAUCCUGAUAUAAUUAUUGUACAAUAAGUCUCUGAGAGACCAACAAAGCUUCGACCAUGCCUGGUACAAUCUUUGCUUUCUCCAUUACAAGGUUCAUGUGUAAAGGCGAGAAGAUUGAUGCCACUCUCCUCCCACCAGGGGAAAAGAUUGUGGAAGUGUCAACAAACUGCAAAGCCACCAACGUUAACAGUUACAUCUAGAUCAAAUUCAAUAUUAAAGCUAGGGUGGGUCAUGUAUUUGAGAAACAUUUUU